CAUGUCCCUGGCGGCCUCAGCGGGCCGGGGGCCGGGGACCAUGUGGUCCCCUACCCACGUGCAAGUGACGGUGCUACAGGCACGGGGCCUGCGGGCGAAGGGUCCCGGGGGCACGAGCGACGCGUACGCAGUGAUCCAGGUGGGCAAGGAGAAGUACGCCACGUCGGUGUCGGAGCGCAGCCUGGGCGCGCCAGUGUGGCGCGAGGAAGCCACCUUCGAGCUGCCGCCGCUGCUGUCCUCCGGGGCCGCGCCCGCCGCCGCCGCUACCCUGCAGCUCACCGUCCUGCACCGGGCGCUGCUCGGUCUCGAUAAGUUCCUGGGCCGCGCCGAGGUGGACCUGCGGGAUCUGCACCGUGAUCAGGGCCGCAGGAAGAAGCAAUGGUACACCUUGAAGUCCAAACCCGGAAAGAAGGACAAAGAGCGGGGAGAAAUCGAGGUGGACAUCCAGUUUAUGAGAAACAACAUGACGGCCAGCAUGUUUGACCUCUCCAUGAAAGAUAAGUCUCGGAAUCCGUUUGGAAAACUGAAGGACAAGAUCAAAGGGAAGAGUAAGGACAGCGCCUCGGACACCGCCUCAGCCAUCAUCCCCAGCACGACACCCUCGGUCGACAGUGAUGACGAGUCCAUCUCGAAAGACAAGAAGAAAAAGUCGAAGAUCAAGACUCUGUUUUCCAAGUCGAGCCUGCAGAAGACGCCGCUCUCCCAAUCCAUGUCUGUCCUGCCCACUUCCAAGCCAGACAAAGUCCUGCUGCGAGCCGGAGACUUCCAGUCCAGGUGGGACGAUGACGACAAUGAGGAUGAGUCCUCCUCCGCUUCAGAUGUCAUGUCCCACAAGCGAACAUCCAGUACAGACCAUAUACAACCGAACCAGUCCAACUUCAGCCUUCCCAAGAAAGAAGGGCUCUCCUUCCUCGGGGGCCUGCGGUCCAAGAAUGAUUCUCUUUCCCGCUCUAACGUCUGUAUCAAUGGGAACCAUGUUUACAUGGAGCAGCCAGAGGCCAAGAGUGAGAUCAGGGAGAACAGCCCUUCUAACUCGCCAUCCCCGCAGGGUUUCCGGAAGAAGCAUCUGUUCUCAUCCACUGAAAACCUGGCUGCCCGGUCUCCUAAGGAACCAGGGGAAGGAGGUGGCAUGUCCUCUGACAGGCGCCUGUCCGACUCUUCCACCAAGGACUCCAUGAAGUCCAUGUCUUUGCCAUCCUACAGGUCUCUGAGCAGUGGGGACAGUAGAGAGAGUGUGUCACCAGCAAACACAGAGGCUGCCAAAGAAACAAAAGACAGCAAGAAGCAGGAGAGCAAGAAGUCCUCUUUGCUUUCUCUGGUAACAGGAAAGAAAGACGUGGCUAAAGGCAGUGACGGCGAACCUCUUCCCACCGCCCCAGAGAAAGAGAAGGAAAGGAAAGGCCCACUUGUGGAAGCCCAGCUGCGGGAGGAAGACCUCGUGAGAAGACCUGAGAAAGAUGCUCUACCUGUUGCCUCCCAAUGGGGCAGCUCCCCGAACCCCUUUGAGGACGUGCCGAUCUCAGACCUGGAAGCCAGCCUGGAGUCAAAGUCUGAACCGAAACCACCGGUUCCUGCUGCAAGAGCUCUCCAGACCAAAGCUGUGCGGCCUAGACUGGAAGUUUCUCCAGAGGCUCAACCCAAAGCCAGGCUUCCUUCCCCCGACUCUGCUCACUUUGUCCCUUUUCUCUCUAGCUCUACUCAGGCUCCUGUCCUUUCUGACUCGAGAUGUGACUCAGAGACACAGUUCUCUGAAAGUCCUUCUGCCUCCUCUUUCUCACCUCCCCUAGCAGCUCCUAUCUCCACAUCCACUCCGAUUGAACACUGGCCCACAGGCAAGGGUGAGGCCGAUGCUGAAGAACCUUCUUUGCUCCCCAGAGCAGUCUCUAGUUUAACACCAGCUGCAAACACUGGUUCUUCAGCCUCGGGACCACUUUGUGAACAACUUCCUACAUCUGUGUGGAAGGGGACGGAAGAAUCUUCAGGGGGCAAGGCCAGAGAGACGGGCACAGGGAAGGAAGCCAGCAGUGAUGAGUCGGGAAAGACCCUCAUGGGGCAGAAUGAAGAACUUGUGAAGAUUCCUUUCCCAGAGCAGCACUGGACCCCCUCAUCUCAGGAGGCCCAGGAACUACCCUCAGUGUUUUCUCUCAGUGGUGGCAGAAUUGUAAGCCCCGCAGAGAAGUCUCCUACAGUGUCUGGGUCUUCUGUGGAGAAUGGUCAUGUCAAAGAAGCAACGCCCCCUUUUCAAGAGGAAGACGCAGCCUCCUCAUUCCACAGCAUAGCUCAGAAACAUGAGGAGAUGCAUCAGAAGGCCAGCGGGGAACAAAAGAAGAAGAAACGUGUGUCUUUUUCUGAACAGCUCUUUGUAGAGGAAGAAACAGAAGGACCCACUAGGCUUGAGGAAGAGGACAAAGGUCAGCAGCUGACACAGGAGCCCCGUACAGGGUCUCCAGAGUCUCCCCACACAGAAGGCACAGAACAAGAACCUGUGACCAUGGAAGCUCAGCCCAUCAUCUCUUCUGAAAGCGAGAGUUUCUCAGAAGGCCCCACAUGUCCAGCAAGAGGUACCCAGCUUUUGAGGGAUGAGGAGAAGGAUGACCUCAUGGCUCCCUGUCAGAGCAAAGCCAGCGAUCAUGAAGGCCUGCUCUCUAACCCCCUGAGUGACCUUCCAUCAGCCACUGAUGUGAAAUCUCCUAUCAUGGCUGAUCUGAGCUUGUCUCUUCCGUCCAUUCCUGAAGUGGCAUCGGAUGAUGAAAGAGUCGAUGAGGCUGGAGAUGGCGGAAAGGCAGCGAAGCUGGUUGAGUUAGAAGCAGGAGUGUCACCCUUGAGCAUGUCACCUUCCUAUCUGGAGACGGCAGGGGAGGCUAGUGGCAGGGCUUGUGAGUCAGUGCCCCUGGAGAAUCAGUGUGACUUCAGGCCUCAGACUCCCUCAAGUGUGAAUGAAGAGUUAUCAGGCCCUGGUACUGUGGAGGAGAAGCUGAAGGGAAGUGGGAAGCCAGGUUCGCCUCUGUGCGUAUCCCAAGACUCUCCUGUGCCCAGCCUUUCACCCGCUGAGACCUUUCCCGCCGGACACUCUUUCCCUGGCUCCCCAUCUCCCGACACUCACCACACCGGUGUAGCAGAGUCUCAAAACCAAGCAACAACAGAUGUCUCCACUAGUAAAGUUGAGAAUUUUGGCAAGAAGAAGCCACUUCUACAAGCCUGGGUCACACCCUCAGAGAUACAUCCAGCCCCAGCUCAGCCAAGUGCGGGAGCUGGGGCAGCCAAGCACAGGCCUCACCCCGUGAAGCCGAUGAACACAACAGCCACCAAGAUUGCAAACUCUAGUUUGGGAACCGCCACCAUCAUCAGCGAGAACCUGAUCAACGAGGCCCUCAUGAAGAAAUACCAGCCCUCGGAUCCCGCCUUUGCCUAUGCGCAGCUGACCCACGAUGAGCUGAUCCAGUUGGUCCUCAAACAGAAGGAAACCAUCAGCAAGAAGGAGUUUCAGGUGCGGGAGCUGGAGGACUACAUCGACAACCUACUAGUCAGAGUCAUGGAGGAGACGCCCAACAUCCUCCGAGUGCCGGCGCAGAUGGGCAAAAAGGCUGGAAAGAUGUGAGCUGCAGGAAGGAAACAUGUUUUGUGAGCUUGUUUCCACUGCCUCUCAGUCAAGGGUGUGGUCUGCCUAGUAACUGGCACACGGGCUCCAACUGCCUGCUCUGUGCAUCGUCCGUCAAGAGUUAAUUCUCCUAGUUGAAACCAGGUUAAUUAUUACAAUGAAUCUUUUACUAUACAUUUCCCAGCGUUUUAUUUUUAAAUGCCACUGUGCCUUUGACUACAUUGUAAAUAUCAGAUUUGAUCCCAUGUAUUUUAACACUGGAGUUGUUGCCCUUUGAUACUGAGAUCUUCAGGUAUGGAUCCUCCAUGAAGGCAGGCUUAGGGCGAGAUGAGAAAGGGAACUUUGGGAUGCGUGCUGUUCCACCCCUUCUUGGCCUUUGAGCAGCUCAGGUGAGGCAGACGCUCAAUUUUUAAUUCAGGUUAACGCAAGUACUCAAGGAUUGUUUUGGUGAGGGUUGAUUUGGGAGGCAUUAUUCUAUUUUCAAGGUGGGGUGUUAUGUAGGCUGGGCUGCUCUUGAACUCACUGUGUACUGAGAUAGCCAAUUCUCAUCUUUCUACCCCCACUUCCCAAGUGCUGGGAUUAUAGCCGUGUUUGAUGCCUUCCGGUUGGAGCACAGUUGUUUACAGAAAGCCUCUGAGCAUGCUUCUUAGAUUUUGAAUAUGCCUUUUACAACUCCCACUACCCUCUAGCCUUAAAAAUAUGCUCUUUGUGGGUGGGGAGAUAUAGCUCAGUGGGUCAAGUGCUUGCACUGCAAGCCUGAGGGUCUGCAUUUGGAUUCCAUGCAAAAGCUAGGAGUCAGGGCAUAUGCCUGGGUACGGGCUGGGCUGGGGGAGGGCAGAGCCAGGCAGAUCUCAGGUGCUUACUGGAAACUCCAGUUUCAGUGAGGGAACCUGUCUUAAACAAUAAAAUGAAAAGCUACCAUAGACCAUUGCCCUUUAUCUGCACACACACACACACACACACAAACACACACACAAACUCUGCUCUUUAGAUCUAUAGGACCAUUUCCUGAAAGAACUAAAGAGUCACUUUUCGGGCUGGAGCGAUGUUCUAGUGGCUAAGCGCACUGGCUGUUCUUCCAGAGGUCCUGAGUUCAAUUGCCAGCACCCACAUGGUGGCUUACAACUGUCUGUAAUUUCUGUUCAAGGGAAUCUGACAUUGUCACACAGACAUACAUGCAGACAAAAUAUCAAUACACAUAAAAUUAAAUUAAAAAGAAAAGAGUCAGUUUCUACUUAAGUAUGGAAAAUUGGUCAGAGUCUCUCUUCUCGGGAUGCCGGGGUUCCUAUCGCUGGGUUGGCCUUGCCAGUCCCUGGAGAGAAGGCUGGGUGCUCCAGACUCUGACUACAACAGCUCUGUGAGGUAGAGAAUGGUUUUAGGAAGGGCUCUUUGGCCGUUUCCUUCCAUUCCCUUGUCUGGCUUUCCUGGCAGCGUUCCUGGAAGGGAGUAGACAGAGCUGAUUCCUCAAGAUGAGGGAGUCUUGGGCUGGGUAGGUGCACAGUGGUAGAGCGCCCCCACCCACACGUCAGGAAUAAGUAACUGUGAAGAGCUACAGCAAGACAUUUGCUUUUUUUUUUUUUUUUUUUACUGCUACUUCCUGAUUUGGGGAGUUCUGUUGCUGCUAUUUUGAGACAGGAUCUCACUGGCUUCAAACUUCCAUCCCUCCCCCUGGCACAGUUUUCCAAAUUUCCAAAUACUGGGGUUACAGGAACGUGUCACCGUGCCUGGUAGAUCAAUAUAUUAAAUACACACACACAAACACACACAUAUAUACACACA